GGUGGUAAGUGUUUUUCCAUUCGAGGACCAUGCCAGGCACCUAAAAUAACCCACUGGACAUCGAGACUCGGGUGAAAAAGGCGCUCUAUUUUACAAUCUGGAUAUAUAGAUUCAAUCACAACUAGUACACCGCGACGAUUCGAAACAAUGUCACACUCCUUCACCAGGACCUUGAACUUCCAGUGCAACAACCUCGACCGGGAGGCGACGAUCACGCUCGCUUAGCAUUGCGACCUGCCAGGGUUAUACAAGGACACUUUCUCGAUAGUUUAGAAGGUCAUGAAAUUUGGGAAGAUGGGUCCAUACAGGUAUCGUGCGACUUACACGGACCAGCUUGCUUUCUCUACAACCCAGGCCUCGGAUGAGAGGAUAUUCAGCACUGGAACCUCCGUCAAGAUCGAUCACGGCCAUAAGGCAACCCUGACAAAAGACAAAGAUCAUUUCUCUCCCUCUCAGACGGGAACCUCCGGCGUCGUGCAGGUCUUUAACAACACUGGGACCGUUCAAGAUCUCGCAUUUGGCUUCAUUGACAAUGGAGAGUUAAUGCCCACGCCCACACUCUACUUCCCCAAUGUUGAGAAAGAUAAUAGUUGCACGGCAAAGUUCACCCCGGUCCUGCGUGCCUACAUCACGUCAGACUAUCAAGAGGCCGAAAUCUUCCUAGGUCGAUGCAACACCCUCUGGUCGCAAGACCUCACUGCGCUUACCGAGAACACGACUUGGAGCGUUGACAAUAAGCUGGAGGGGCCUCAAACCUUCGAGACAAAGCAGGAGGUUGCAAUUGCCUUUGACAAGAUUGAGGACCCUGAGCCAACUGGAAGGGACAUCAUGCAGGGCAUCCAUAACCUCGGCAGGAGAUUAGAUCUCCUUGUUACAAAUGAACGGGUGGAUGCGUUGGAUGCAAGAGUGGGUAUGGUGGAGGAGAUCUUCGGUCGACGUUUGACAGCAUUGGAGCAACACCUCAAUGCCUCGGAUGUCGUGGAGGAUGAUUUGGCUGCACAUCGUCCUUCCACCAACACCACUGCUUACGCCCCUCUCCACCACCCGAAUGCGCACCUCCCACUACGGCUGGCCCAUAAUGCUGGUGGUGAUGAAGACCCAGGCAUCUCGACCAUCGGCAGGCAGUGGAUUCAUGCAUGGGAUCCGUCUGCUAUAAUGGGCACGCAAGGUCAUGUUGGGAUGUCAGCAUAUGCUGCGCAUAUUGCUGAUACUCCCGACACCUCCCUUCUACCUACUAGCUGAUUUAGUUACCUCAUCUUGAGCCAUAUCUGACGAAUAAAUAUUUGUCAGAUCCAGAUAAUAUUUGACCAGCGUCAUGUAAUUGUUUACUAUGUUUUCCUUUUCUUACUUCGAUUUCCCCAUGACCAGUUACAUAUCAUCAGUGAAUCACAAAUUCUUCCACGGAAAGUACGAAAUGGCAUUAAUGGUACUGACAUGACAGCGAGCCACGGACUUCGUAGUUCCGCCACAAGAGUCACAGCAAAUA